AUGUGCGGAAUCUGCGUCAGCGUCCGCCUUGACCGGCGGCAGCGCCAGACGGCUUCGGACGAGGAACGCGCCAACCUGGAAGCCGGUCUGAGCAAAGGCCUCAACUUCAUCGCCCACCGCGGGCCAGACGCAAAGGGCAUCUGGAUCAAUGAGGAUGGUUCUGUCGACCACUCGCCCGACAACAAAAUCCACGCCGUGAUCAACGGCGAGAUCUACGACCCCAACGACGCUCUGCGCACCGAGCUCGAGACUGUCCACGGCUACCACUUCCCCUCGCACGCCGACACCGAGCUCGUCAUCGCCCUGUACACCGUCUACGGCGCGCCCGACUUCCUCACCCAUCUACGCGGUGAAUUCUCCCUCGUGCUGUACGACGAGCGCGUACCCGGCGCCGAACGCAUCAUCCUCGCGCGCGAUCGCUUCGGCAUCAAACCGCUGUUUUAUACCGUCGACAAGGACCGCCUGCUCAUCGCUGCCGAGGCCAAGGCAUGGUUGGGCCUGGGAUGGGAGCCUGAGUGGGACGUCGGGUCAAUCGCCACGGGCGCGUGGAUGCUGGGGGAGAAGACGCUGUUCCACGGGGUACAGAAGGUGUCGCCUGCCGGGUGGGUCGAGGUUGGCGUGGAUGGGAGCAUCAAGAAGGGUUGGUACUGGGACAUGGAUUAUAAGGACAAGCGCGAGAAAGAAACGAGAUCGAUCGACGAGAUGGUGCAAGGAGUGCGGGAGCGGCUGAUUGAUGCGAUCCGGAUGCGGCUGCGCGCCGACGUGCCGAUUGGUAUCUACCUCUCGGGCGGUAUCGAUUCAUCGUUGCUCGCGGGCAUUGUGACACAUCUCGUGAAAGAUGAGGGCAUUAAGUUGGGCAACCAGGACGCCACAAAGCGAAUCUGCUGUUUCAGCAUCGAGUUCCCAACUGACGACAACUUCAACGAAGCCGACAUUGCCGAGCGAACGGCCAACUGGCUAGGUGUGCAGAUUCUCAAGAAGCGUAUGGACGAGGAAGCUCUCGCCGAGAACUUCGCCGACUCGGUCUACCACUGUGAACACCACAACCUGGACCUCAACAGCGUCGGGAAAUUCUGCUUGUCCACUGUCCCUCGCGAGCACGGCUUCAAGGUUGUACUCACUGGCGAGGGAUCUGACGAGCACUUCGCCGGCUACCCCUUUUUCGCCCUGGACGUGCUCGGCGAGCCUGACCUGGCUAUGCCCGAAACCACGCUGGCCAGCGAUAAUGCCCUCCGUGAGGACCUCUGGGGGAAGUCCUUCGAGGCUUUGAAAGGCGUACUGACCUCGCGCGCGGGGUGGUUUAACCACGGAAUACCCGACCCGGAGACGUUCCGCGAGAUCAACAAUGUCCAAAUGCCGUUCGUGACCCAGACGUGGCAAGCGACCUUGGACCUUUUUGAGCCCUGGGUACGCGAGCAAAAUGCCGGGUACAACUGGGCUGCGACCCAACUGGCGCAGACCCAGCCAGAGGCCCGCGAGAAGAUCCGGAAUAAGUGGCACACGCUGCACAGCUCCCAGUACCUUUGGAGCCGGUCUCUGCUGGCCAACAACCUCCUGACAUGCCUGGGCGACCGGACCGAGAUGGCACACAGUAUCGAGGCGCGCCCGCCCUUCCUCGACCAUGUGUUGUCCGAGUACGUCAACGGGCUCCCGCCGACCGUCAAGAUGGUGUACACCCCGGACGAGAAGAAUGUCGCCCGCAAGGGGGGCCUGCCGUGGUCCGGCAGUACCAAACGUGUCGGUAGCCUGUUUAGCGAGAAGUGGAUCCUCCGCGAGGCCGGUAAGCCGUACAUCACGCAGGAGCUGUACGACCGCAAGAAGCACCCUUAUGUCGCGCCUAACCGGUGGCCCAAGGACGGACCCAUCCACAACAAGCUGCGCGGGAUCUGCACGCGUGAGGCCGUCGAGAAGCUUGGUUUCGUGAGUUGGGAGGUGGUGCAGAAAGCGCUGGAGACGGGGUUCGGGGAUGAUGCAGACGGUACCGCGUUCAGGAAAUUGCUGGUGGUCGGUGGGCUCGUAACAAUUGGCGAACGUUUUGGCGUGAAGCGGGCUGAAUUUGCAGGCGCAAACGGGGGAAGUGGGAUAUAA